GUGAAACAUCGCGUCGUGGCCGGGCUCACGCCGGAGAAGUGCCAGUCGGGGGAGCCUCUCACAGGGGACUUGGAGGCCGCCUUCCGCAAGGGAAUCACCGAUCUCCAUGGGAAGGGCGCCUGCGUCAUCACCGGGGACACUGGCUUCAUGAUGUGGUAUCAGGCCAUGGCUCGUGAGAGCACCAAGCUGCCGGUGAUCCUGUCCUCCCUGGCCAGUCUGCCCACCAUCACCUGCUCCUACAGUAAGGAGGAGCAGGUGGCGAUUUUCACCACCAGUGUGAAGACGCUGGAGAGGAUGGAGGGACUCCUACGGGCUGAAUGUGGCGUGAGCAUCCAUGACACGCGCUACGUUUUCGUGGGCAUUGACGAGAUACCCGGGUUUGAGUCCAUUGCGCUUGGGCAACAUGCAGAAUCGCGGACCAUGGAGGCCGGCCUCUGCCAGAAGGCCGCGGAAGUGCUGGAGCAGCACCCGAAGGUGCGUGCGUUCUUGCUGGAGUGCAACGAGCUCCCCCGCUACGCCGAUGCACUCCGAAGAGCCACCGGAAGGCCCGUUUUCGAUGCCAUGAAGCUCUGCGACUUCUACAUCGACAGCCUUUUGGAUAAUCCGCGGUUUGGAAUCAAAGACUGGGACGACGCGCUGAACAAGAAGAGCGCUCCCUGGCUCAUCACAAAGCCGGUCCUCCUGGCGCGAGAUGUGGCGCUUCAGGUGUACGCGGCGUCAAUGCAGCAUGCCGUGUCGAUGAUGGUGCGUAGCCGCCGUCAAGGAAUCAAGCUCGGCGUGGUGCGACUGGACUACCACUACGAACCAGCUCCGGGUGAUGUGGAUCAUCCAGGCAGCUACGCCUACGAAGUGCACUACCAGAUGGUUCCGGGACUUACUUUCGAACUCUGCCAGUCGGGAAAGAUGACCCAAGAGGUAGAGGUGGAGCUCCUGAAGGCUAUCGGAGCCCUGGAGUCCAAGGGCGUCUCCGUCAUCACCGGGGACUGCGGUUUCAUGAUGUGGUACCAGGAGCUUGUCCGGACAAGCACCCGCUUGCCGGUCAUCAUGUCCUCUCUUGCCACCUUGCCCGCCAUCACGAGCUCCUUCCACAAGGGCGAACAGAUUGCGAUCUUCACUGCGAAUGGCAAGUCCCUGCUGCCCAUGGAAGAGCUGAUCAAGGCUGAAUGUGCAGUGGAUCUCAAGGACGAGCGCUAUGUCUUCGUGGGCUGCGAGGACAUCCCUGGAUUUGAGGCGGUGGCCUUGGGCGAAAAGGUGGACGUGCGCAAAGUGACGCCGGGGAUGGUGAAGAAAGCACAGGACGUUCUCCGAGAUCAUCCGAAG